UCACCUUCACCAAGACGCGAAUGUCCCAACGAGUUUCCGUAGUAUUUUCGCGGCAGAUUUAUGUUGGGACCGGCGGGCCUGACUACUUUGACAAAUGGUGCAAAUAGUCAUACGGGCGAGUGUGGACAGCAGCAGUCCUCCCGAGUGGCUGCUGAUCGAGCUGCAGGGAGAGGUGGUGUCCAGACAGAACUCUGGUCUGGCGGGAAAUGUGAUGGGCGAUUUGCUGUAUACCAAAGAGGGGGUGCCAGUGUUGAUUGUGGGACAUCAUAUAUUGUACGGCAAGCAGGUCAAACUGGAGAAACCCUUUGCUGUCCUCACUAAGCAUGCUGCCCAAUCACAGGACACUGGGGAAUACCAUGAUGCCUCCAAGGUUACCAUGGAAACGGAGCAACAACGCUCCACCUCCUACUGUGUGUCUGCACUUAUCAAGCGAAAGCUUAUCUUCAAGACUCGACCCAAACCCAUCAUCACGAAUGUGCCCAAGAAAGUAUAGUAGGCCUGGACUGAGUUAUGUGGGAAGGAAAAACUAACUGAUACAACAUUUGAAUGUUUUAUGGCUUUCUUUUUAGGAGACUGCUUGUUUGUGUAUAACCGUAAAAUAUAAUUGUUUUAUAUAAAAGUAUCAAAGGGAAAAAGCUGUGUUUUUGUUCUGACUUAGCAGAUCACUUGUUGCUAGAGACGUGUUUUGCUGGACUCGCGGGCCUCGGACUAGCACAGCUCAAUACAAUGUUUCAGCGUCAAAUUAAUAUUGCCUUUCUUUAGAACGUUGAUGAUGAGGACUAUCUGACCUUACAAAAAAGUGUAUCACUAUUUGGGCCAUGGAAAGGAAACAAAUGAUCCCAUAAUGCAAAUUGAGAAUUUUCUAAACCUCGAAACAUCCAUGCGGUAGACUAGUUAUUCAAUUCUCUUGGGUAAGACACAAGUCAAUCACAUGAUUUGUUUGGCUUGGUUUUUACGCCAGAUGUCCUCCCUGACACAACCGGGGUUAGAACUCAUGUGGUCUGCAUUGAAGCCUACAGCAGCUACUAUUACACAAGGAGGGUUAAUAAAUAACACAAAACUAUUAUGCAAUAAUGUCUUUGGGUACCCAUCUAUUCAUGCAGACAACCCAAUCAAGACCAAUCAUUGGGGCAUUAUUGUAAGUUAAGUACAAGAGAGUGCAGAUAAUAUUAUUUGUUUUUAAUUAAUGACUUCAUACGUAUAGAGUGCGCCAAAAAUGCCAAGAGAGAUUUCACUCAAACUGGUUUUACAUAUUUAAACAUACGGACAACGCCGUAAUUAUACAUAGCCUAUUGCAGGGGUGUCAGGCUCAUUUUUAAUAAGGGUCACGUCACAGUUAGGGCUGCCUUCUGAGGAC